AUGUCCUCUUCAUCCGCCCCUGGAGGGGACUGCGACUAUAUCUUUAAAAUCAUCGUCAUUGGUGAUAGUGGUGUGGGAAAAUCAUCUCUGACGGUGCGUCUAUCAGAAGAUGUCUUCUACAAGGACUACGCAUCCACCAUCGCCAUUGACUUCCGCAUGCAUCAGAUGAAUUACAUGGAUAAGCGUGUUCGCCUGCAGAUUUGGGACACCGCUGGACAGGAAAGAUUUCAGUCCGUUGCCACUGCCUUCUACCGUGGUGCAAAUGGUGUGAUGCUUUGCUUUGACCUCACUCACCGCCCCUCGUUCCUCCAUUUAGAUCAAUGGAUUGAGCGUGUGCGUCAGCAGGCCCUUCCAGGAAUACCAUGUCUGCUUAUUGGAUGUAAAAGCGACGAGGCCCGCAGUGCACGACAAGUUUCAAAGGAGGAAGCAACCGCCUGGGCGCAGCAGCACGGCAUUUCAUACAUCGAGACAAGCGCAAAAGAGAAGGAAAACGUGCAAUAUGCGUUUCAGGAGAUUACCAAAGAGAUCUUUUUGGAUAUGAAGGACCGCAACGGGAAGCCAAUGGCGUCGGGCGGGAAGAGUGCAGGAAGGUCAGAAAGCGUGAGGUUAGAUAGCCAAGGAGGAAGACGCAAAACCUCCGAAAGGGGCAGGUGCUGUUAG